CUUCUCACCACCUCUCCUGACAGUGACUUUCUCCCUGGGUGCACUUAGACCACGUGGCUGACUCACUGUUGCUGUAAAAACAGGAGCAGGCCCUGUGAUGAGAGCCUCUGAAACUGGAGCAAACUAGUCAGUAGCACCCUAUCAGCUGAGCCACCGCAACAAACUAGUCAGUAGCACCCUAUCAGCUGAGCCACCACAACACCCACACUUCCUGGCAGGCCCGGGGUUCUCUUGCUGCCCUGGAGUGAAAGCCGCGGCGGGCUGAACAUGCUUGAGUCUGCGGAGCUGUACUUCAAUGUGGACCACGGCUACCUGGAGGGCCUGGUGCGGGGGUGCAAGGCCAGCCUCCUGUCUCAGCAGGACUACGCCAACCUCGUGCAGUGUGAGACCUUAGAAGAUCUGAAAAUCCACCUCCAGACCACUGAUUAUGGCAACUUCCUGGCUAAUGAAACAAACCCUCUCACUGUUUCCAAAAUUGACACGGAGAUGAGGAAAAAGCUCUGCAGGGAGUUUGACUAUUUCCGGAAUCAUUCGUUGGAGCCCCUGAGCACAUUUUUAACCUACAUGACAUGCAGCUAUAUGAUAGACAACGUAAUUCUACUGAUGAAUGGGGCACUGCAAAAGAAAUCUGUGAAAGAAGUUCUAGCCAAAUGUCACCCACUGGGCCGGUUUACAGAGAUGGAAGCUGUCAACAUUGCCGAGACUGCCUCAGAUCUCUUCAAGGCUGUGCUGGUUGAAACACCGCUAGCUCCAUUCUUUCAAGAUUGUAUGUCUGAAAAUACUCUGGAUGAACUGAAUAUUGAAUUGCUGCGCAAUAAACUAUACAAGUCUUACCUUGAGGCAUUCUACAAAUUCUGUAAGGAUCACGGUGAUGUCACAGCAGAAAUUAUGUGUCCCAUUCUUGAGUUCGAGGCUGACAGACGUGCUUUAAUCAUCACUCUGAACUCAUUUGGCACUGAGUUGAGCAAAGAAGACAGGGAGACCCUGUUCCCCACCUGCGGCAGGCUUCAUCCAGAGGGGCUGCGUUUGUUAGCUCAGGCUGAAGACUUUGAACAGAUGAAGAGGGUAGCAGAUAAUUACGGAGUUUACAAGCCUUUGUUUGAGGCUGUAGGUGGCAGCGGGGGGAAGACACUGGAGGAUGUUUUCUAUGAGAGAGAGGUGCACAUGAAUGUGCUGGCAUUCAACAGGCAAUUCCACUAUGGUGUGUUUUAUGCCUAUGUGAAGUUGAAGGAGCAAGAGAUGAGAAAUAUCGUGUGGAUAGCAGAGUGCAUCUCACAGAGACAUCGAACUAAGAUCAACAGUUAUAUUCCAAUUUUAUAAGCCAGUGGGGAGGCCUCAAAUACAGGAAAUCAGACAUAUUGAAAGGAAGUUAUUGAAGAAAGGAAAAGGAAUAGUGUUACAUUAUUUAGAUUAUACAAAAGGAAGUCACAUGUCCUUUCUAUAAAUCGCAUGUCUUCUGGAAGCCCAGUAAACUGAACUUGAAACAGA